GCCCAACCGAAUUUUAAAACAGUACUCAUACAUAAGAGGCGCAGGCACCAGCAACGGUCAAAUCUUCACACACAAUUCUAAGCAGGGUCCACCUCCGCCCAGCCAGAUCCAUCCGCCAAAGUCACCGCUCCACUCUGCUCACCAUGCCGGGCGCCGCCGCCGUCCAUAGGCUGCACAGAGAAGAGUGCAAGCGCACUAAGCACGACUCUGCUUUCUCCGAAUGGAAGAUUUUGGUGGGGCCAUCUGAUUGGCAAGACUACGUCUUGGGUGUGGAGGGGGCUGAAAGAUACAGAACUCAGAACCUUCCAAACUCUGCUUCUUGCCCUGGAAUUUAUGAGCUUGGUAUUAUCUCAGUUCCAAAGGCUCAAUCAAGGCUAGAGACUAACAAAAACAAUUUUGAUACUGCCAAUGUUGUUCCAGUCUAUGUUGGACAAGCUGACAACGUUAGGACUAGACUUCAGCAGUAUGGCCGCGAUGGUUCUCAUUUAGAGAAUGGUUGCGCAAAAGCUGAUUUGUCUUCGGACAAAGAUGCCGUUUGCCUUAAGGGGCCUUCAUUCUUCACAAGUUCCUUUUCUAGAGGCUUCACCAUUGCAUAUAGGUGGGCUCCGAUGAAAAGCAAGAAGGAUGCUGAGAGGGCAGAAACUCAACUACUUGAUACAUUUGAUUAUGCAUGGAACUCAGACAGUAACGGUGCAAGACGUGAUAAAGACGUCUUCUCCAAAUUUGAGUUCAUCUCAUCAAGAGCAUCUUCUCUCCCCCUUAUCAUACCCUCUAUCAUUACUAGGCUCAAGUCAUCGUUUCAAAAACCAAAAGGCAUCAAAAUUGAAGCUUGUGAACCUCUUCCUUUGCAGAACGGAUCUCAAUUCUAUAAUGAUGCUAAAAGCAGUCACUUCCUUCCCCAGAUUUUUAAAUUUGGGAGAUCCCGGCCAACAAUAGUUUCAGUUAACUCUGGGGUGAAUGAAAACCAUGUCAGUAGCAUAUGUGGAGUUGCACUAGGCCAUGGAUCAGUUUGUAUAAGGUCACCUGCGAGUAAGGGAAGCAAAAGGUGUUUUGAGCAUAGGGGGAUGAAGAUUAACGGAUUAUUAACUCCAAAGUUGAUUGCUGAUGAUGAGAAGAAUUCAGAAGAAACUCGUAUUUGUGGCUUUCUCCUAGAAAAUGGUUCCGCUUGUGUGAGUAAACCAUUUGGGAAGAACAAAAGGUGCAUAGAGCACAAGGGAAGGAGAAUUCCCGGGAAAGGGAAGGAGAUGAAAGUUCAAUCUGAGAUGCAAAAAUCCUAUGAUGAUUCACAAGAUGAAUGUCUGAGGAAUAAAGAAGAUAUUACUCAGUGUCUUAUUAUUAGUCCUUUCAAAACUACUGCUAGUGAGGAUGAAAGGAGCAAUUCUGUGAGAACUUGUGGGGCAACUUUGAAAAAUGGGUCCUCUUGCAGAAGAAAACUCGCUGAAGGUAAUAAUAAGCGAUGUUGGCAGCAUAGCUAGCUGAGUCAAGUCCCCAGGGAAUGUUACUUACCGUACAAGGGUUCCAACCUUAUACUCUGUUUUAUAUAGGAUCUCAUAUACAUUGUGUCGUUGACAACAUACUGAAAGAAUAGUGAUAGCAUGUACAUGCUGAGCAUAUACAUACUGGUCUGCUAGGAUCUCAUAUACACAUGCUUAGGAAACAUUAUGUACCUAAGUAUAUAUCAUACUGGUAUCUGCUACGGAGUUCAACACCGUGGCAACACAUUGGGUUUUCGCUAGUGCAAGAACCAUGAAAUAUUUUUUUUAAAUAUUUAUUCGAGCAGAAUGAUUGAUGCUUCUGUUUGGAAAUUCUUUUAACAUCUUAAUUUUUAGAUAUUGUUGUAAUUACUUUUUCAAUAUACUUUUAACAUAUUAAUUUAAAUAUUUGAACAGAA